CACAUUCAUCAUCAGUGGAGUGGUGUACUGUAGUGUAGAAACCUGAGCAUUCAGCAGUUAUGGCUCAGACUUCAGGAGUAUAGGAGACAGCAGCAGCUUUAGGAACGACUAAGGCGAAGCUUUACGGUUGGCCCGCGUGGUGUCCGUCCAUCCAGCGUCAGCCGAUGCAUGUCCAUAAUAGCUCGCCAAGGGAGUGUAAUGCGCGCUGCGACCUGGCUCUAUGUGUGAAAGCAGCACGAAAUUAUCUGAUAUUAGUGUAAUGACCUGUUAGAAGUCGAGUGUCCGCUUGUUGGUCACUCCCCGUCGACGGAACGACAAUAUUGAACGCCUUGCGAAGCCAAAUCCAAGUUCAUCCUUCGCGAUUGCUGAUCUUUUGCACUAGUGACUGGCACUUACUGAAUUCAACCAUUCUACUGAUCCCACUUUCUCCUUUAUACUUAGCUGGUAGAAACGUCCGUUAGCUGGCUUUCGCGUGAUAUCUCGCGUCCACUUAGCAGCUGCAUCGUAAGCACGACCUUUCUGGUAGCAAAACGCAUUGACCUUCGGGAGUCUGGUUGAGUGACAGCUGGCAUCUGGUUGACAGCGUGGCAUUUGCAAGUAGCUGGCAAGAUGAGGGGAGGCAAGUUCCAGCAGAAGGUGGUGGAGGACGGCAGCGCGCGGAACUCGGAGGCGCUUUUCGAGACGCGCUCUAUCGCGGAUAUCGUGGCAAUCGAGGCGCGCACGAGGAAGGAGGUGGAGGAGAAGAAGGAGGAGCUGCGGCAGUUGGUCGGUGCGAGCUACCGCCAUCUCAUCGAAUCCGCUGACUCGAUUUUAGACAUGCGACGGUCAUGCGAGGCUGUGGUGCGAAACGUGGCAGCCAUGGAGUCGGAUUUCUCUCUCCUGCACAAAACCAUCUCCACCACAACCACCACCACUCCUGGUGCCGAUGCCAAACGCAAGCGCAAGGAAGCCCUGUAUGCUCUGGGCAGCCGGGUCAAGUACCUGGUGGACACUCCAGAGAAGAUAUGGGGCUGUCUGGACGAGAGAAUGUUCCUGGAAGCUGCCCAGCGGUUCAUGCGCGCAUGGGAGGUGCACCAGCUGCUGUCGCCCUCCACGAGUGCUGGAGGAGAAGGAGCAGCAGCAGGGGGCGGGUGGCAGGCGCAGCAGCAGGGGCUCAUGGCGUCGUUCCCUCUGCUGAGGCACCAGUGGCCGCUUGUGGAGACGUUUCGCACCCAGAUCGUUGACAGGAGCAGGGAGUGCCUGCACGAUGCAUCGCGCAUUCCAGCAGCGGGCGUCGAAGAGUACGCAGCGGCGCUGGCAGCACUGGCAGUGAUGGAGCAGCUCUCUUCUCACGACCUGCUCAAGCUAUUUUUGGAUGCUCGUAGAGCGUGCUUGCGCUCCCAGCUUGUGUCUGCCACUUCAACUGUGGGCGCUGGGGGGGGCUUUGCGGACGGACUGGCAUCAUUGCUCAGUCAACUGGUGGCCAUGAUUCAGCUAACCCUGUGUCAAACGGGGCAGCUCUUCCUUGAAGUUUCCUCGUCCGAUCGAGCGAUUUCCUUCGCGACGCUGCUGCAGGGCGCACCGCAGGCGCAGCUGUUUGGGGGCAUCCCCCAGCCGGACAGGGAGGUGGCGCUGUGGCACCGCCACAGGGAGGGGAUGGAAGCCAGACUGCCGUCGCUGAGCAGCAAGGAGGUGGCAGAGGCGUGCCAGGGAUGGCUCAGGGCGUGCGCUGCUGACAUUGCUGCCGAAUCCAGGAACCUUCUCAGCAGGGUCACCCAGAUCCGCCACCUGGCGCAAGCAGAGGCUGCCACGCGUGCAGCGAUCGCCAGCAAGGACAUCUUCGCCGCCAGCUGGACUGGCUGACGUCAGCCUUUGGCUCCACCCCUGACUCGCCCUGGCGUGCCCUCUGCGAGCUGCUCCUAAAAGAGCCAAAGGACCUAUGGGGCGAGUUAUUCGAGGCCGCGUUCGCACUUAGGGCGCGGGAGAUUAUAGAUGCAGCGUUUGCGGAGCUGACUUUGAGGGAGGAGAUAGAUGGGGUGUUGAGGGAGGUUGGGGAUGUGG